AUGCUCUCCCUCAAUCCCUUUUUAAUAAUCUUCACCAGCUGCCGCUCUGACACAGCAGGUGGAAGUUUCGGAGCACCUCUUGCCACGGACAUUGGCACUGCCGCUGCAGGAACUCCAACCGGAAGAGAAAGUCUUCCACCGAGUUUCGCUCAUCUUCCCCGUCGAAGGAUACGCCCCACCGCUCAAUUCGCCAUUGCUGGUUGGCGGCUGCCGGCCCCACCUUUUUGGGCCUUCCGAUGGGUCUCCGCCGCCUGUGCCAAAGCCACAUUAACGGCCGACCUUGCCGCGGAAUCCACAAAGGGAUCGUGGAGUCUUGCGUCCUUAUCGUCGAGCUGCAAUAACUCAUCCGCUGCGGAACCAAUUCCCUCCAGGAUCUGCUGCUGCCUUAGGUCCUGCUGCAGCUCUGUGUCCUGUGGUCCUUUUUGCUCUUGUUGCAGUCCCUGGCGCAAACGGGCAAGUGGAGUCCUGGGCAACCCUUCCGAUAUGCGCGGCAAGCCAGCCUCGGUAGCGCCCUCCACAUCCGUGGACCACAUCUUUUCGUCGUCCUCGCCUGUAAAACCUUUCGACCGAAGCAGCCUCAAUAAGGGGAGAUGGAGCCGAUCUCCAGCCGGUAGACUCCGCGCCAGUCGUCUUGCGUCUACAAUUUCGUCCGAAUUCUCACUAAACAAACCGCUCGUCAACUGGACUAACUUUCAGCUGUGCUGAAAGUCGCCAGUUAAGGACUUCGGCUGUUUGCAGGAUCGCAUCGGAUUUCCUCUUGGACUUUGCGUUUUUCAUUCAAGUCGCGGUGGCCGAGCAGCGCGUGACGAAGUCACGGGUCACGACCACACAUUUAAGUUUUAAACCGAUAUGAUCUGAAAACGCAAAUACCCAGAAAACCCAAGGAUCUGCACAAAAAAAACAACUACACUGUAACCCCAAAACAAGACAUUCAUUAAAAUUACGUUAACAAAAAAAAAUAUAUCCCUAAUACCUA